AUGUCCUCGGAUGCUGGCCCGGUGUCCUUCGCCCUCCUCCUCCUCCUGGAGUGGCGCAGUGAGGCGCGGGCACGGCGCCCCAGCCAGCGGCCGCAGGACCCCCCCGCUUACCUCGUCCUGGGUCGCCGGCGUCCACGGAGAAGGGCGCCCACCCGGGAGGCGGCGGCGGUAGCGGCGGCUCCCGCCCCUCCCACCCCACCCGGCGGCGGCGGUGGUGGUGGCGGCGCUGGCGGCGGGGGCUGCGCUGGGGGUCCCCGGCCCGCGCCGCGCCGCGCUCACCCCCCAGAGGAUGCUGGCUGCAACUUGGAUCCGGGGAGGGAAGGUCCUAGAAGCCGAGCGCCUCCCGGCUAUUUGCUCUUCUUUAUUUGUUUUCUCCUCCCUGGAAGGAGGAGGAAAGCGCAGAGAAAAGGAAAGGGAAGGACGGAAGCGACGCGGGCCGCUGCUCCGGUGCCCUCUGGCUGCGCAGGAGCGAGGCGGGAGGCGAGAUACUUCUCACUACAAAUCGGCUCUCUCCAGGGAUUAGCGGCUACGCGAAAGUGCACACUGGCGCAGCGGGCAGCCAAGGGGGCCGGGCAAGGCAGACACUCCCCGGCCCAACCCCACGCCACCCUAGAGGCUCUGGGGAGGCGCGGGGGUCCCGAAGCCGGUGCGGUGACUCCACCCGCCUUCGCUUUCCUUCCUCCUCCGCCCCUUCCACGUGGGGCCCGCCACGUGGGGAGACGCGAGCUCCGGCGGGCCUCGCCGCGGUCCCCAGGGUGGCCCCGGCUCGGUAGGGCCCCCACCACGCCCGCGCAGCCGACCUGCCCUCUACUCGGCCCCGAGGCUCCAACUUCCUCUUGGGCCCUGCGCAGGCCACCGGUGCGGUCCCAGGCCCGCGAGGUCAGGCGCGGGCUGGCCACAGGGGGCACUUGCGUUCCCCGAUCCCAGAUCCGGGAGACCGUGCCGGCUGCGAGUGCGCGCGGAGACCGAUCUGUGUACUGGAACUUGUAUCGGUGUGUUCGCUACGAGAAGCCAAAUGUUUUUACACAUUUAAAAAUUUUGUAUUACUGCUGUCUGGAUGUCGCUGGGGCUGUUUUGAAAGCGUUGCCUUGGGUCGGAUCCCCAGCCUCUCUGAGGCCUUGGGGUCCCGAGGGUCGCUUUGCGCGGUGCCCUUUCACGAGUCCACAAGUGUCUCGGUGUUCCGCGGUUGGAAUCUGGACUCCAACGAGGAUGGGGCACUGCGGCCGCGAGAGCCUAGACAACAUCUGGGCUGGAUUCCUUGGCCAUGACCCGCGACAUCCGAGCGCUAUCCCCGGAAGGGAGCCAGCUCCUUGCGCCCAGGGCCUCCCAAGACUUUAGGCGCGCGGCUUCUAAGGAACCCUGUGGCGCUGAGCAGAGCCCUUGGGUACAAUUGUUUUUCAGUCUUUUGGGGUGCUAGCGAUUGAAUUGAGGUGUUGGGUUCUACGUUUCAGAGGAGGGGGUCUAAUGUCUCAACUUUGAAGGUCACAGGAACCGCCAUUCAGAAAACCACUUCUAGCGGUGUGGCCUACGGACCGGAGAAAUUUAUAGCGGACGUGGGCCGCGUGAGGCCUCUGAGUCCUUGAACCCAGCGCUGUGCGUCCUGGAGAGCACUUUAUCUCGACCUGUUUGCUAAAGUGCACACCCAGAUGCCGCCCGCAAGACCGGCAAUGUAGGGUUUCUAUGAUUGUUUUAUAGUCCUACUGGUUUUUAAACUAGUUUACAAACCUUUUCUGAAUGGCAGCGCAGGAACGGUCCCUUUCAAACAUACCUGUCUUGGUUUUAUGUGCCCCUAAUAGGCCUGGGGCUGGUCAGUCAGGAAGUAACUCACCAUCCCCAUGUUCGGUGAGAGAAUUCACAG